GUGCCUUCAAUUGCCGCCCUUCAAUCUUGGGCGGCUUCAGGAACCGAACAUAUCUCAUACGCGUGUAGGUUCCGAAUGGGAAUUUGCCGACACCAAUUGUUACAGUUGCGGGAAUUAUGUCAAUGUAAUUACGGUCGAAACGUGUACUCAGCGCUGUACAGAGUUGGAUGAAAGUGUAGCCAGAAGCGCUUCGGGAAAACGAUACGCCGCGCGAAGGAUGCUUGGCUUACCAGGUUCCAGGGCAAUGCUCUAUCUUGACCGCAACUAAACUCAGUCAUCCGCGACACAUUCCCCAUACUGAUCUCAAGGCGUAUGUGUGCCUUGUGGUCUUUCGCCAACGCGCUACGAUCAUCGUAAUAGGAAUGCCAUGUAUCGGCGCGAUGAUCCACGCCUACGCCGUACUCUCAACCAGCUUUCCCAGAACAUAGAGUCUGCCAACGAGUCUGCACAAGAGAGUCUUUUUACAUUUGGCCAGAACUAUGUCAGACCCUGCCUAUCGUCUAUUGGAUCUUACUGGCAAGAAUGUACCGGAUGUUGCCUAUCCACUCGUGAGGACAGACUACGACGAGCUCGUGGACGCACGCGAGGCAGAGCAGAGCUUAGUUUCGAUUUCUAUGAUGAUUGGGAAGAGGAUGAGAACGAGACACUCCUGGACUGGGGUAACGAUGGGUUCGAUAGACUUUUGGGGUCUGGUAGCUAUGGGACGACUACUCAGCCUAAUCGCGAACGAGGAAUGAAAUACGGCGGUAGAAAGAACAAUUAUCCUAGUGGUCGGCGAAGAAGCGCUGUGCAUACACAUGAAGGCGGUGAUCCGACAUUGAUACCCAGCAGCUCAUACUUUGGCUUCUUCUCGAAGCUGCCGUUCAAGGUCGGUGGUAAGGGCUUACGCUACAAACCCUCAGCUGCAGAUCUCACAGAUCAUCCUGGAGCGCUACGUCACGAUGAACACGAAGAAGAGCCCCUGAUCGAAGAAAGUGAAGAUGCGCAGGACAACACCAAGACGCAUAGACGAAUGCGGAGUACAACGCAUAGCUCAGGCCAUACAAUCGAUUCACUCAGCUCCCGUGGAGACAUAUUCCCUAGCGAAGACGAGUUGGACGAUGCGGUUCCUAUCGACGAUGAAUUUGCCAUGGCGCUUGAACGUCGGACGACAGGGUUGAGUGCCGACGAUGCCAGUAGUGGCAGGACUCGGGGCAAGCGCCCAGCAGGGUCUCGAGCAUCGAUGAGAACGGAAUCGUCGCGUAGUAUACGAUCGAAGCGAAGAAAUAGAGGAACCUCUACUGAAGCUGUAGGGGAAGUACGAUCAGCCCCAGCACUAUCCGAUCUUAAAGAUGAGGAGCUCCACAUCGAGCAAGAACAGGAAAUCAGGAUUGAGCUGAAGCGUGACACUGCACAGAAGCUUGCAGCUGAACGUGGUCUAGCGAUAGAUGCUCCCCAGGUAUUCAUUAGAUGUAUCAGCUGUUGAUGAGCUCCCGAAAAGCUGACCACAACUCCAGUCUUCCACCCAACAAUGCAGUCCUCACAGCCUAGGGUCACAUCCUGAUGAGGUCAAGUUACUUUCUGUAAGCAACCCAGUUGCAGGGAUAGUGAGAAACCGAUAUCCGUUACCCGAAUUUGAUAUGCACGC